ACAGGAUAGAGGAAGAUUCAAAGAUGACAGAAGUUUUUAGCCUGGAAGAUUGGGAGCAUGACAAUAUCUAAUUAAGAGAAAUAAAGAAAAGUCAGGAAGAAGGAACCAGUUCUGGAAGAAAGAUGAUAGUCAACUAAUUUCAGACAUAUUGAGAAAUAUCAAUUCAUUUCUACACUUCCCCUGAAGAACUGGGUCGAACACAGGGGACUGAGUGGGAUAAAAAGAGAUGCUAAGUUUUAGAGACUAUAAGACUGGAGUUGAAUCCUGGCUUCAUCUACUAAUCACAAGUGGACCAAAAAUGAAGAUCCAGACCACAGAACCAGUGUUAUUGCCUCUCCAGUGAUGACUGUUUCUGAUCAAGACCUUCCAUCCUCAACUAGCAGGCCACAGAUUGUAUCGUCUGUGACUGAGGAUAUAGCAGAAAAUCCUGGAAAAGGUGAUGGUGCUUUGGAGGAGCAGGCAUUGGUGGGUCAGAAAACACUGUCAGGAGACCAACUUAUUAAAGAGAUGACCAAGUACCCAGUGCCGAAAGGAUCGGGAGAUGUGGUUAUGAUCCAGUCAGACACAGGAGACCCAGGCACCGUGGAUGCCCUUUCAACUGAGUUGGAAUCUGCAGAUCUUCUCGGAGAACAGAGAAAAGUCUCAACACCUCCUCUGUCUCCUCCAUCUAUAUGGACCUUUGCCAAGAUGAAGGAAUUCAAAACCAAGAUGAGCAAGGUGAAGAAUUCUCGGCUAGUGGUGAAGCGGGGUGAGGUAGUAACAGUACGUGUACCCACCCACCCUGAUGGGAAGCGUCUCUUUUGGGAAUUUGCUACUGAUAAUUAUGACAUUGGCUUUGGUGUCUAUUUUGACUGGACCCCUGUAACCAGCACUGCUGUCACUGUGCACGUCAGUGAGUCGAGCGAUGAGGAUGAGGAUGAUGAAGAGGACGGGGAGGGAGGGAUUGAAGGACUCGUCCCAAUUGGAGAUGUAGAGAUGGGCUCCAAGAGCUCUCUUCGGAAUCGCUAUGGGGAGAUCAUGCCAGUUUAUCGGAGAGAUAGCCACCGAGAUGUACAGGCUGGUUGUCAUGACUACCCUGGAGAAGGCAUCUACUUGCUUAAAUUUGAUAAUUCCUACUCACUCCUACGCAACAAGACUCUCUACUACCAUGUAUAUUACACCAGCUGAAGGGCUGAUGCUGCAGGUCUGGUUGGCAAAGGGGGAUUUUUUUUCCUGCCACCUUUUGCUUUCUAUGGCCAACCUGCUUAAAUGCUGAAUGUGAGGCUUCUGAAGUUUGCACUUGCCUGGCAUGCCUGCCUGUUGACCUAAGAAUAGCUUCUUCCCUUUCUACCAUUUCUACAGGUUAUACUUGGACAGUUUCUCUCAAUUCAGGGAUAACAAACACUCUGUGAAGGCAUCAGGCAAGAACGUAGAAGGGAGUGGGAUGAGAGCUUUUUGUUUGUCUUUUUUUGCUCUGUAUGAGAUAUGCCACUGAGCUGGAGGUGGCUGUCUUCUCCCUUCCUCUUUCCAAACCCUUAUGCUACUUUUAGGACUUGAUGGCCACCUUGGUUUUAUAAAUUUAUGACAUGGGCCUCUGCCUUUUCACCUUUGGUUUCCCAAAUCCCUAAGGAAGGCAAAAGCAUGUGUUUAUAAAAGAAAUUGAGAUGCUCGAGAGAAAAAAUUCUUCUGCCCAGCCUUUUGUCACUGCCAUGUGUUUCCUAGUCUGUUCCUUACUGUUAGCUAGAACUGGCUCUUCUGUUUGAAGAGGCCUUACUGCCCUUUGAGGACUAUGCCUUGUUUCACUGGGGUAAAUCCUCAGCUGCUAAGUACUUGCCACCAAUGCAAAGAUUUUUUUAAUGUAAUCACUAAGAUCCAGUGUAUUUUAUAGUUUCCUGAGAAGAGAAGAUUCCCUACCACUUUCUUCUACCAAUAAGCAGUCACCCUAACCCAGGGCCACUGCAGUGGAAAGAGAAAAGUGAUUAUGUAUGGUAAGAAGUGGAAAUUGGGUACCAAAUGGCUCUUUUACCAUCCUAGAACAUACUUUCCUGACACGGAAGUGUGGCAAAUAUCUUCAAAUGAAGAAUGUAGUCUGGUUAUCUAAACAAUACAAGUUUUUUUUCUUUGUUACUAGAAUUUGAAUAUUAUUAGAGAAGACUCAUGUCCUGUUUACGGGUUUCUGAAUUUGCUGCUUACCAUCUUUGAUCCCCUUAAAUCUUUUAGUGAAAGGUGAUAAUGGAGCUCCAUGGUUGCUGCUCAUUUUGUUACUUGUUCAUUUCCCUGCCAAAUCCUGUUUCCUUGGUGAUAGUCCUUCCCCCCCCCCCCCAAACACAAUUAACCUUAAAUCCUAGGAGUGCCACAGGGUAUCAGGUGGUGCUUUCAGCUGUUGCCAGAGCAACUUGGUACUUAGGCAGAGAAGGGAUAGAAGAGCUGUGAUUUAUCUGUUGCCUUGACCUCCUUUUUUCUCAUUCCUUUUGUCAAUUCCGUUAGUGUUUUAGGAUUGUAAGGACUAAAAAAAUUUAUUUAUUAAGUUAUUUUUUUAAUGCAUUUCAGCUCACCUUUGAAACAGUUCUCAUCUGUUAUUCUGAAGGCUUGCCUUUUGUUCUGAGCCAUUUAGACAGCCUUUUCCAUAGAAUUAAAAGUUAUUAUAUUGUAAGUAGUCUUGCCUGUGAGGUCAGUGUUCUUUCAGAGAGAGAUAAACAUUCUCUCUAUAUAUAUAGAAUAUAGGUAGUACCCUUCUUCCUUCAAGGAGAGCUCAGCCUUUGAAAGGGUGUGUCUUUUUGUAAGGAAUUGAAUAUGCCAAAAGUGACAGUUUCAUUGUGUCCAGGAUUGCACACUUUCAGGGAUUAGGAUGGUCCUUCAGCAUGCUCUCCUUUUGCUUCUUUUCCUUAGUUUCUUAUGUAGUCUGUGUGUCUGACUCAUCAAAAAUCAAUCUUUCCUACUAGAAAAGUAACCCAAAGUAUAUACUCUUCUCAUGGUGGGUUAGUAGCAUCAACAUUGUAGAUGAAGGACACAAUGACAUCAUGUGCCUUUGGUUUCUGCUGAGAACAAACUUCACUGAUGAUUUCAUGUGUGGUAGAAGGCCAUAGCAUUAUUUUCUUUAAAGCUACAUCAUGCCCACUUUUUGGUAUAUCAAUGACUGCUUUUUGCAGAGAGCUAAACUCAUGUAAGUUUGUCUCAAAAUGGAUGACUACCCUUCCCUGGUAGAGAAAGGCACUCAGUCAUGGGCAUACCAGUCAGAUCAUCUUACUCUUGACUGAACUAGAUUUAUAUGCUCUAGUCAUUCAGAGCUCAUCUUCUCAGACUUAGUGAAUCCUGAAUGGCUUCCCAUUUGGCUGAAGUCUUAUUUGCUUUAUUUGUUUAUCAUUUUCAUGGUGGCUUAUUUUCUUCUAACAGUGAACUUUGGAGAGCAGCCUCCUUAGCUUACACUAUUACAUAUUUCUGUGCUAAGAAGAACUCUGCCCUUCAUUCUCUUUGGAUGUCCAGAUCUGUUGGGUUAGGGAUGUCUAGAGGGCAUUUUGUUCCAAUAAUGUGUUUCUUCCUGUCAUGCCCACUGUUAGAAUGUCCUUGUCAUACCUCAUUCCAUACUGGUGGUAUACUAAACAACCCAACUUAUAUUUUCACUUUAGCCCAAAAUAACUUAAGAUGAAAUAUUUUUACUUUCUACUACAAAAAUUCUUGUGUCAUAUUUCUAAACUAUAGAUCAUUAGAGCCUGAGGAAAAGGUGUUGCUCAGUUUCUAGCAUCCUAAACAACUUCUAACAGCCACCCUUACCCUAUUCGAACUCAUUGAACCAAAAUACAAAAAAAAUUAUUUUUCUUUUUUAUCUCCUUCAACUCUCUCCACAAAUUAAAUUAAAAUUGUGUAUCAAAGCAUCUAAAAUAUAGGAAGGGCUUCAGAGGAGCCAAUUUGUAGCUGGCCAAGAAUCCUCUCUUCAGUAUCAUUGAUAAGGAAUCACAAAAUAUCUGAUAUGUAAUGGAAGGAGGGGAGAACCCACUUUCUCCCAAGGCAAACUUAAUACUUUUGGAAUUCUGCCAUUUAGUCUUUUCAGUUGUAUCCAACUCCUCGUGACCCCAUUUGGGUUUUCUUGGCAGAGAUACUGGAAUGUUUUGCCUUUCUCUUCCCCAGCUCAUUUUACAGAUGAGGAAACUGAGGCAAACAGAGUUAAGGGAGUUCCCAGGGUCACAUGGCUUUUAAGUGUCUGAGGCUGGAUUUGAACUCAGGUCUUCCUGACUCCAGGCCUGGCACUCUAUCCUCCAAACCCUCUAGGUGCCCUUUUGGCUAGAUUGCUCUAAUUGUGAGGAAGUUGUUUUCUUUAUCCAAGUCUGAAUAUUUCCCUCUUCUUCCCUGUCUGCUUGUCUCCUACUACUGCUUUUUCUGCCUUCUUCAUAUGAUAGCUCUUCAAAUAUUGGAAAACAACGAUCUUGUAUCUCCCAGAGUCCUCUUUUCUUUAGCCUAAACAUCUUCAGGUCCUUCAAUUUCUCUAAAAUAACUGAGGGAGAAUGAUCUGAACCAAAGGAAGGAUUAUUCCUUUGUCAUCUCUGGGCUGAGGCAUGCUCCCAGCAUCUCCCUAAAUUGUGUCACUGUAUGGCAGGGUGCAUUUAUGAUGACUUGGCCAAAAAUUCUUAUGGAAUUCCCAGACUUUGGAACUGGAAGGAAAUUUGGAGACCUACUUUUUCACUUAAGAAUUAAAGAAACUGAAGCUCAGAGAGAUGAGAUUGUAGAGUAUUAAUUUUUAAAUGAUAAGUCGAAAUCUUACCAGUGUCCAUCCACUAAGAAAGUGUAUCACUGAUGAUAAGCCAGCAUUCAGCAAAUGCCAUCUAGAAUGUGAUCUUCAUCAGUGUUCUUCAGUGACCUUCUUUGACUACUGACCUUCCUUCCCCCCUCCCUCUGGCUUUAAUUACUGCUAUGUUAACCCUAAUAAUACUUACAGAUGUGAUCACAAUAGGUGAUGCUUAAAUAAUGCUUUAGCAUUUGACAGCACUUUACAUACAUUAUUUCAUUUGACCCUCACAACAAUUGUUAGUGAUGAACUUCUUUCUUAUCCCAGUUGCCUGUUGACAUCACUAUUCUCCCUUGGAACCGAUGAAGGUAAGAAUUUAAAAAAAUCUAAAGUAGAUAACAAUUUGGAUUAGUAUUAUAUUUAUUUUUACAUAUUACUCAACUUUAAAAAAGACUUUUUGCUUAUUAAGAUUAAGAUGGGAAAGAAAGACUCAGGCCUUUGAAAAAAUUAUGUUUUUCCACCUUUUUUGCUCUUACCUGUGAUUUCAACAUUAAUAAGAAGCUGUCCUCAUUUAGGAAAUCUCUUCUUAUUGAUGCAGAAAAGCUACUGCUCUAUAUCUCAAGGCCUUGUAGUAGAGAUUAAAUUGCUUGUGUCCUACUGUAUUGUGAUCCAUGGUACCUGCUAGAGGUGGUACUUGAACCCAGGUCCUCCUAUCUUAAUUGUAGAUCAGAAUGUCCACCACGCCAUUCUUCUUUUUCCUAAUAAAUGAUAUAUGUUAAAAAUUUAAACUGUGAAGGACUCCAUACCCAAGAAACAAAUGAGCUGAGUUCAUUGACACAAAGCUGUCUUGUAGUUGGAAAUUACUUUUUUCUUAUAACUGUUAAGAGUAACAGUGCUAGAGAGGCUAAAAACAUGCAUCUCUACAAACAUAAAGGUACUCACCAGUUGUUGUUCUGGAAAGACAGAGAUUUCAAAAGGAAACCUUUUCCUGCUCUAUUUCUUCAUGUGGCACCAAAACUUUUUGAUUUCCAGAUAUUAGGUAGGAUUACUUCUCUACCUUUAACCCAAAGUUCCUGGGGGGUCCUGUAGUUUGGGUAGAUAUAGGGGUGUGUGUGUGUGUGUGUGUGUGUGAAUUUCAGAUGUUAGAAUCCUUUCUUAAAAAGAGGUAGACCAAUGCAAGUAUGAGCUAAGAACAAGUAGACUUGGUAAUCCAGGAGACAAUUUUUCCAUCUUCGGUUUGAAAGGAAAAUCAGUCUGAGAGACCAAUCCAGAAGAUGGUGUUUAAGAAAACAAAUUUGUUAAAAAUUAGAAUUGAAAAAAUAUGUACCAAGGUACAUCUUGUGAUCUCAUAGUUGAAUGGGGCUUCAUAAGCCAUCUAAUUUAACCUCCACUGAAAUCAUGAAAUCAUCUUUCUUCUAACAAAUAAAAUUAAAAAUUAAAAAAAGAAGAUAGAGAAGGGAGAGAUGUUCUUGAGGAGAUCUCAAGUCCACUUCGCUGUCUAUCCAAAAGAGAUCAACUCACUCAAAGACCUACACUUUCCUUAAUCAGUUGUAAUACAUGCUGACCUGAGGAUGGAUUUUUCAUUUGAGGGUUUCCUUUGGCUCCAGAAAUGAAUGUCACGGCAGGAAAGGUAGGAAAUAGAAAAUAACCAAGAGAAGUUGGUUGGAAUUGUAGUAGUGUAGUUGACUCUUAGGUUCUGGCUAAUGGAAUGCUCAGACCCUUCAUAGCUAUAUCACAGAAGCAGCCAAAGGCAUUAGAACCAUGGCAACUUGUGCCCACUGUUGACUGGACUCAUCUGAGUGGUGCUGAUGACAACCGAUAUAAAUGUUGUUAUUGUUAUCAUCUAAUACAAUCUUUUAGGUACCAUGAUGUACACAGCACUGUAUAUAACAAAAGAAAGAGACCUAGUCAUUGCUUUCUCAGUUUUUUCAGACCCUUCAAUAUUUCAGAAAGUCUGCCUCAGCUACCCAAAUACCUUCCUACAUUCAAAUAAUUGCAGAACAGAAAAGGAUUUAGAGAUCAUCUACACCUUUAAGCAUAUAUGACAUGUGUCCCUCUGCUCCCAAAGCUUCCUAAGAACCCUGAAACCAUCUCAUUAGAAAAGAAGUACUAGCCCAUACCAGAACCUAUGAGGAAGAUGAAAACAGAGCUAUUCUGCCAGCUGGUAGCAGAUUCCCCCUAUUUAAUUUCAAAGGGGAGCUUGUUUAAAAAUCAACUCAGUAGAUGAAUCCUAUUUUAAGUUAAAUAGGCUCCCUGUUUGUUUCAGAGUAGAGACUAUAGUAUCCAAGGAGCAAUCAUGUAGUGUCAGGUACAAAUAACUUGUCUCAAGUAAUGAUCACUAAUCUGGAGCAUCUCUUUUCAGAUGAUCAAGUAUAUGCCAAGUGUCCAGGUAACAUUUUGCCCAAGCCUGUUCAGACCAUAUCUGCAGUUGUUCUAAGCACUACAUUUUAGAAGUAAGACAAGCAUAUCCAGAGUGAGGUGACCAAGGUAAUGAGGAGACUAUAAAUGAUGAUGCAUGAGGAAGGAACAGAAGAUAUUUAGCCCUUAGCAGAUAAGACUUAAUGAACACAUAAUAGUGGCCUUCAGUUAAUUGAAGGGACAUUUUGUGGAAGAGAGAUUAGAAUUGUUUUGAUGGGUUCUGGUGGGACUUAGGUAAAAUUUCCAGUGAGGCAGAUUUCAGCUCAAUAUUAAAAAAAAAAAGUUUGUUCCCCUCCAAACAACUAGAACUGUCAAGUAGAAUAGGAUGUUUUGUCAGUUAAUGAUCCCCAUCAUUGGAGAUGUCCAAGCUGAGGCUGGAUGACCACUUGAGAAUAUCAUAGUAAAGAUUCAUUGUAGAAAAGACAAUAUUCAUUGUAGAAAGGUUGGACUGGAAAACCACCAAAGUUCCUUUCAGUUUUGAACUUCAGUGAUUCCAAGUUAGAAUGAAUAUUCCAUUUAAUUCAACAAACAUUUAUUAAGUGCCUGCUGUGUACCAGGCACGGUACUAAGCUCUGGGGAAACAGUUUUGUUCUCAAGGUCCUUAAAUUCCACUGGGGGAAACAAUAUGUACACAAAUAAGUAAGGAAUGGGGAUGCUGAGAACCAACAACUGGGGGAAUUGGAAAAGGCCUCUUAUAGGAAGUAGUGCUUUUGUUGAGCCUUGGAAGGGAGGUCCUAAGAAACGGGGGUCAUUUCAGUAAGAGCAUUCCAGGAAUGGGAGAGAUACCAUCUAUGUAAAGACAUAAAUGGGAGAUGAAAGAUCAUGCACAUAGAAUACAGCACGUAGGUUAUGUUAGCAGUGAUCCUGCCCUCUAGGCCCUAGAAACAAUGGUUUGUCUGUGACUUUAGAAAGAACGGUAGUUUUUGGAUUUCUCCACAGCUCUGAUUUGUGAAACCGGGUUUGUGGAGCACAUACCAGAAAUCCUUUUUCCACAGGGGCCUCAAAUGUUCAUAGGAUGAUUUGGAACUGAGACCUUUGUCCAGACUGAUUAGUUAUAAAGAAAGAGUAAUCAGAGUAGGUAGCUAUAGAUAACUUCAUGUUAGAAAUGGAUCUUGGAACAAUUAUUCCUUAUGGUCUAGGCUCAGACUGCUGGAAGCCUUGUUUACCUCUGAAUUGGGAAUUGCCUACUCUUAGUAACUUUGCAGGAAGAAGCUCUGAUGGGAUAACUAGGGUGAGCAGCAGGUGAGCAGUAUAUUGUAAGACUAACUUCCACCCGAGGUUCCCUCCAUCCCCCAGCAUCCCUAGCCAUUGGCUGGGUUUGAUGUUUCAGACUGAAUUUCCUCAACUGCUCUCAGAAUCCUAAUAGAGAGGAUACGAAAGCAUUUCUAUUCAUCACUGGGAAGGAUCCCUGCACAGAAAAAGGAAACAAUUCUGAGUCAACAUCUGGAUGCUUGUAAUAUGCUGAUGUGUCUUAACCUUUGGGAAUAGGUGAUGAUAAGGAAAUAGGGGUUCUUUCUUUGUAUUUAGUGAAGGUCAUGAUCCCACCCCUUUUUUGUAUCUGUCCCAGUGCAGCCUUAACACAUAGAUCAGAGCCUAAAGUCAAGAACCAAGCUAUUAAGUUGUUUUUAGGCUUUCUGUCUGAUCUGAAUGCAUUCUUUAUUACCUAUUUAUAUUUGACUUAUUUUAUUUUACACCUUGGGAUAUGUGAACUGGGAUUUGUCUAAAUAACUGCUGUAUCAGACUUUUUCAGUCUGGCUCCCUUUCCUAUUAUUAAUGAUUUCUAGAGUCUGUAUAUUAGUAAUCCAGAAUGCCACUGGGGAAAAGUCCUGAAGUUGUGUAGAAAAAUCUUAUUAAACCCCAGUAGCUAUUCCUUCAAAGGUGGCUAUAACUUGCUUGCAGUCAAAAUGAUCUGUAUAAAAUUAUUUUGAAGAUUCCAUGAUUUUAUCAGUUGGGUAAUCCUUCCACCAGUCCAACAUAUCAUAGCCCCUUCAUGCCUUUAAGUCCUGAGUGAUUCUUGCUUUUGUUCCUUUAUAAAUACACUAUCAUAGUAGAGCUUCCCAAAUAAUGCUGACUUUUUCCUUAUGGGUCUUUAAAUGUUUUGUGGAUACCAGUGCAAUGAAAUUCAGGCUUUUUACCUUUGUCCCACAUUUUUGCUGCAUGUUUGUCCUAUUCCCUUUUUUCAUCACACCUGUCUUUUUACAAAUCACUUCUGGUGUAAAAAUCAUUGUUGUUAACAUUCUUUGGCCUAAUUAAAAUGGUCACACAUCUUUUUAUUGUUCUUCAGUUCAUCUGCCAUUUUGAUUUUUCUAAAACUGUAGUGUUUGUUCCAUGAUUCAUUGAAAAAUGUUGAUGCUAAAAAUACAUACUUUAUUUGACAUGGAAUAGAUGGAGUUCAUACAGAGCUUUAUGCAAUUUCCCUUAUGUUCUUUGUUCUAUCCAAAUCUAGCCUCACUUUGUUGUGUAUAUAUAUUUGUUAUAUAUAUAUAUCUUGGACAGGUACUGCUAUAUAUAUAUAUAUAUAUAUAUAUAUAUAUAUAUAUAUAUAUAUACAUAUAUAUAUAAUCAGUUGGUUGUUCAUCCAAACUGAUUGUCCCAAUCUCGGCCAUAUGCAUUCUUCAUCCACUUGGUUUUUUCUAUGUAGAUUACUAGACCAGCAUUUUAAAUGGAACAGUCAGAUGAAUUUUUUUUUUCCCUGAGAGUUGAGGUAGUAUGUUUUGGUUUACAAUCUUGAAAGUUUAUUUCAUAGGCAGUUUUAUCUGCAAACCAAUAAUACUGCCACAAGAGAAAAGAACCUUUUAUUUUAGUCAUUUUGAACAGUUCUCUCAUAUCUCUAACCACCAUUGGUAGUAACCAGUUAUGGAAUUGGAGAAUAGAAUUGGAAGGGACCUCCAAAGUCAUCUGGUACAGUGUAUGAUGUUGCUGUUUUAUGUCCAGCUUAAAAAUUAUCUACAAAGAGGUUGUGCCUACAUGGUGCCCAUUUUAUGGCCAUAUAUUAUAUCAGCUUUCAUGUUUGGCUGGGGUUAUUUUUCCUUGGUAGAGUUAUAUUUAGUAAAAUUGAAUUUUCAUUUGAUUUUGUUAGAGAAGAGAGUAAAGGCAAGAAGUCAGAAUAAUGGAUUUUUGACUCCCCCACUUCAGUGUCCCUAUUCCUUCUUUAAUGUUCUGGACCUGUCUAAUAUUUUCCCCUUUGUUCCAAAAGUAGUUGUGAAAGAAGAUGAAGAUUGGAAGUGCUUUGAGGUCCUCAGAAAAAAAGCUGCCUUUGUUUUCAAAAUUAUGGUUAGAAUUUCAUUUUGAGAGAAGUAAGCAUAGGGAACUGUUGACUGGAACAAUGCGUUACUUGAAUGUUUUCCAAAACCAGAUUGUGCCAUUGGUCCUUUAUUUCCCUAGUGCCUCCUAUGAUGUUAAAUUUUGGUCAAUUACAUCAUGAGAAUUACAUUUUCUCAAGACAUUUUAAAGAAGGAACAGAGUAGCUACAAAAACAUGUAUUUCUUAUGCUUUUACUGCAAAAUGUUCUAAUUGUUCAGCAUUCCAGACAUUGAUUUAAAGAAGAAUAAGUCUCAGGCUUUCAUAUUUCUUCUUUAAAAACAAAAACAAUUAUUUGGUCCAGUCAGAUUGUGUUCUUCUUACUCAUUAGUGUUUGCCAUGAUGGUAGAACUAAGUAAGCAUCAUUCUACCAUUUCAAGCCAUGUAAAGCACUCUGUACCAAACUACAUAGUUUUUGUGUCCUUUUUGUGUGAUAUUUUUUCCUCCUUAAAAAUCACAUUUUAAUCAACUGUGGCAUUGAAUGUGUUGCUAUAAAAUGCAGAUGAGCUUUUGCGCUACAGUCCCUUAAAUAACCUAGUAUGUGUUUUUAUAUUGUUUGACAGUUCUGUGAUAACUUUGUGAAUUCUUGUCUUCAAAGUUCCAAAACUUGUCAUAAAUAAACUUUUUCACUAUGCA